AUGAUGGCCGAUCUGACCAUGGACGUCCUCGGCGAUCAUCCCGGCGCUGGCGUUCUGCCGCUGGAAAAGCCGCAAUCAGGGCAUAUACAUGGAGCGAUACGGGAUGUCGUAUUAGAAUUCGUCAGCGCCACCGACCAAUGUACCGUGGAAGCGCUCUGCCAACAUCUGGGUAUAGACAAGCCAAAUGAAGCCCUCAGUCCAUUGCCUAAAGACCAAGAAACCGUGUCAGGAGCAGCGCAAGAGGCUCUCCUGGUCACGAGGGAGCUCGAUAGGCUCCCGGAUGGGAAUCCCUGGCCUGCCUUGCGGCACCGGAUCCAUGCCCUAACGUCUGCAGCUGUCGCCCUGGACAAGCAUCUGGCCGAGGUUACUCAGUCACGCCACAGGGACAUGAUGACUGCCUGUGUACGUGCCACGCAAGCUGAGGCGAUGCGACAGAUAUGCGAGUCUUACGUGCCACGUCUACGGGAAUCCUUUGACGCCUACUCAAGCUCGAGCCUGCGCAACGCGACUUCAAUAUCCCGCGCAGCAUCGCAUUUGGCAAAGAUUCGGCAGUGCCACGCAAUGAUACUACAGGUGAGAGGUAUAGGUCUGUACCGCGACAUCGUGAGGUGCCACGGGGUAUCCAUUCGUCACCGCAUCCUUGCAGCGGCGGUGGCCAUGGACACAAUCGGAAGACUUCAAGCCAGCAACCCUGCAACUGCAGGGCUUUUGUUGUUAAGGUCUUCCACGGAAUACUUCACCAGCCGUUUGCAAAGUUUGACAAGGAACUAUGCCUUGAAGCUGGAAUCGGGCCUGGACUUCCACUCGAACAUGUUCGGUAUCGCACUGAUCACCAUGCAACGUUAUCUCAAUUCCGACACAGGAUCUCCUCAACGGUGGGUAGAUCGGGAGGAAGAAGAUGGGUUAACGUCCCCUGGAGGGACAACUGUUCCCAGUUGCUCCGUACCCUACCUGGGUCGCUGCGCUAGGAAGCUGGGGCCAAACAUGAUCCUGCUAAUGGUGUGCAAGGUGCUUGGAGAGUUCACCACAUUCUUUGAAUCCGCCGUGGCAUCGCUGCAUCACCAGUCGGCGCAGGACAGUCUGAGCUCAAAGCCCUUCACAGCCAUACUGGAGCCUAUCUACACCCAUAUCGCAGAACUAGAUGAAAGGGGCGUGGCAAACUAUCGCGAACGCGUACUUGCGCUUAUCAGGCGUGACUUCGCUUCUCUUCCUGCCUACGCCUGCAGCCUGCUGGUCGCCAUCAUCAAUGAAGUUAAUAUCGCAGCUGCGAAAGACCGCAGCGACUAUUUGAAAGUGGCGCUGCUUCUGCGCUUCUUCAUGACGGCGCAAUUGGAAUGCAUUGCCCCGCCUGGGACUUCGUUGGGUGCGGCCGAGGAGUCUGACAACUCCGAGUCGACAUGUGCCGUGGAGGAUGAUGUGGUCACCACGGCAGACACCCUAUCGCAUGAAUUUGGCGGUGUACGUGAGGUGUUUCGCGUCCAUGGGCAAACUGCCCUGGCGGCGGUGCCUAAGGACGAUUUCAGCUGUAGCAGCAGAGGUGCAGUGGGUUAUUUGGAGACGUUGGAGGAUGCGAUCCACGACCGUAUACUGACGCCGUACAUGGAACACUUCUACAACGACACGAUGGAAAAGCUCAAGAUGUGCGUAUCAGGAGAUUCUUUACAGCGGCUUAUGUCGCCUGCUACCGAUGCCGGCGAGAGGUCUGACGUAUUCGCGCUUCAUUACAUGUUCACCAAACGUGUUCGGCAGUCUUUGCGGCACACCGCCGGCAUCCGGCUAUGCGGGAUGAACCCAUACAACGGCUGGACCCCAAGCAGUGCUUUUCUGGGUGUGAACAUCGUGUCCUGGCCUUCGCUAACUGCGCACCCCCCUACCUCCGGGUAUUCAUAUCGCAGGGGUGGCUCCGGAAAUGUUGCUAGCAGCGCCGCAGCAUCUUCUUCGUCCGCGGAUGCAUACCAUAACACUACUGGUUGUCAUGAGGAUACCAAGGGCCGCACACCGAAUCGUCAUCAGCAGCAACAAAUAGGGGUGCACAACACGUUUGGAACUGUCAACCUCAAAGGUGGGAUUUUCGAGCAUCGCAGUAAUGCAUCGUCUGGGGGCAGAGGCAAUGCAGAUUCACAUGCACGCGACAAUAUGAAGCGGUUGGAGUGCGCGUACGCUCCUGUGGAAAGCUCCGUGAACGGUUCCACGGCGACAGCGGCAAGCCAUGCAAUGCGCCACAUGGCGCAGCAUACGGACCGACGUCACAGCGGCUCAUCGGUGGAAGCUAAAAACUCAUCGUAUUCAUCACCAUCAGUUGAAGCGAUGUCGUCGAUGAGCGACUCGAGAGCAGAUUCCGGCCAAACUCCCGUUCGGAACGAGGAGCAAACGGCUGUCUACAGAAACUUCGGUUGUGUGUUCACGGCUUCGUCGUUCACUUUGUGGUCUCAGCUGCCGGAAUUACAUAGGGUGCUCGCUCUGCAACCGCUGCGAGCGCACAUCCACCUGCAGCGGCUGUUGUCGGCGUUCGACUGGCUGCUGCUGCAGAACAUCCGCAACUGCGACGUCCCCCGGGACCAGCGCAGCAUGCCGAAGCUGGCCUCCUUCAUAUCGCAACAUCAACACAUCGAGACUGUUGACAACUCGUUAAGUGACAACUCAAGUUCGAUUUCCAUAUUGGCGCGUCGUGUGAACGCGGUGGAAUCGAUGGCCACGCUGCUCGAGCUGCUGCACCAUAAGGUCGACAUUAACCUUGCACGCUGCGUCGAAGUCUCCAAUGCGCACUACACGAGCCGGUUUAACGUGGUAUCGGAGCUUCGCGCUUACGUCUACCCGUUAUGCAUGCUCUCGCUGCUCAACAAGAAAAUACCUACCGAGGGUGUCCUGCAGGCGCUGCACAGCAGCCACUGGGGAGCUACGCGCCAGUGCAAGGAGAUUUCGGACUUGUACAGCGCAUUCGGGAAGCAUAUACGACAUAUUUGGGAGUUUGUGGAGGCUGCUGAUGGAGGUUCGAUUCCGCUACCAGUGAAGGCUCUACUGUGGCGCUACGCGUGUAUAGUAGUGAGGGGCGCGCUGCGUCCCAUUGUCGAGGUCGUUAAGCGCCUUCAAGUGGACCACGAGGUGUAUGCGGCUGCCACUCGCGGCUGCAAUUGGGCGCAGGGACUCUGUAACGAGAUGUACACUGCGUACCGCGACGAAGCGCUGACGGCGGCCUCCCGGGAGCAGACAGAGGUCACACAUCUGGUUGCAUACGUGCACAUGUUAGCUGAUAUGCGCGAAAACUGGGAAUAA